UGCAGUAAGGUGAAGAAAACUAUACAGGAAAUGUCAGAGAAUCAACAACACGUAGAUCCAGAUGUGAUCGCUGUUAAAGAUACAGAGGAAGAACUUAUUAAACAAUGCGAAGAAAUGUGGAAAGACAUGGAAGAAUGUCAGAAUAAAUUAUCACUUAUUGGACCCGAGACGCUCACUAACUCAAAUGCUCAGCUCUCAUUACUUAUUAUGCAAGUGAAAUGUUUGACUGCUGAACUUGGUCAAUGGAACAAAAGAAAACCCGAAACAGUUCCCCUCAGUGAAGGCGUUUUGUUAACAUUAGGAAGAGAAGAGUUCCAAAAGUUGAGAUAUGAUCUUGAAAUGGUACGGUCUGUCAUUCAAUCAGAGAAUGAAAAGUUAAAAGAAGACUUAGCAAGGGAGCAACAGUGGUUGGAUGAACAGCAGCAAAUACUGGAAACUCUUAAUGUAUUACACAGUGACUUGAAAAAUCGGGAUGUAACAUUUACUGAAUCAAGAAUUUUUAAUGAACUGAAAGCCAAGAUCCUUAGUAUAAAAGAAUUUAAAGAGAAGCUCCUACUUGCCUUGGGUGAUUUUUUAGAAGAUCAUUUUCCACUGCCUGAUGGAAAUACUCAAAAGAAAAGGGUAAAAAAUAUUCAAGAAUUGAAUACACGGCUGAUAACACUGAAUGAAAUGUUAGAGAUGCUUAUAAAUAGAAUGUUCGAUGUUCCACAUGACCCAUAUGUUAAAAUUAAUGAAUCCUUUUGGCCGCCAUAUAUUGAACUGCUUCUGCGUUAUGGAAUUGCUUUGAGACACCCAGAAGAUCCAUCCCGAAUAAGAUUAGAAGCCUUCCAUCAGUAAAACGAUGGCUGUCUUCACACAGUGUGGAAUCUACACUCUCGGAUAAACAAACCACAAGACUGUUUAAAUAAAGAAUAUUAUUUGCAAAUCAA